AUGUUCAGUCGCCCAGCAUGGUCCAACGCUGCACGUCCCUCGCCCACAUUCUCCCCGGGCCCGAACAGCUCUCGUCUCCCUAACGGUCCCCCCGCAGCCCCCUCCGCUUUCCCUCCUCUCAACGGCACCCCUCGCCCCGAAGCUCAACACGACAAGACCCUCCAAGCUCUCUCUGGCUUGACGGGCACGACCAUAACCCUCUCCACCAAGACCUCCAUCCGCUACGAAGGCGUCGUCCUCUCCACCAACGGCGAAGGCGACACCACCGGCGUCACCCUCAAGGACGUCAAGGAUAUCUCGAACCCCGGCGCGCCCCUUAAGGACCAGAUCUUUAUCGCCUCGACGAAUAUCGAGGGGUGGCAGUCGGGCCCGGCGGACGCGAAGGCGCCGGUGGGGAAUGGGGAUUCCUUCAAAACCGACACCGAUAUCUCCACCAAAGCUCCGCCCCGACGCGAACGCGAACUGAAAGCAUGGGCGGACGACAUCCCAGGGCCCGGCACACCCCCUUACGGCUCCGACGAACUCACCUUCGGCGAACUCUCCUUCGCCUCCGGGCCCGGCUCCGCCUCGCACAACGCCGCCUCCAACAACCUCAACGGCUCCACCGGCCAGAAUUGGGACCAGUUCGCUGCGAACGAGAAGUUGUUCGGGGUGCGGACGCAGUUUGAUGAGGAUGCGUAUACGACGAAGAUUGAUCGGAAUGCGGCGGAUUAUAAGGAAAGGGAGAGGAGGGCGCAGGUGUUGGCGAAUGAGAUUCAGACGUCCUCGUCGAACAACCCUCACAUCGCCGAAGAACGCCAGAUGAACAACGUCGACGAUAGCGGGAUCAACGAGGAAGACAAAUACGGCGCCGUCGUCCGCGGCACAAACGCCUACAUCCCCCCCGGCGCACGCAGAGGCGGACUCUCCACCGGUCCCGGUCCCUCUCCGUCUCCCAAGCCCCCCAUCAACGGGAAUGGGAAUGGGAAGGUGGAGGUGCCGAAGGUGUCGAUCAAUGCGCCGGACGGGACCGCGGUGCAGCCGCCUCCGAGUGCGAGCGAGGGGAAUUCGAAGGGGGCGUCGCCUGGGCCUGCGGGGAAUAAGGUCCGUUCUUUGCUUUCACUCUUGAUUUAUCUUGCUCAGCCUGCGGACGCCCUGCCCGCCUUCCGCGAUUUCGUGACGAACGAGAAGGUGAGGUUGACGCAGAAGAGGCAGACGAUCAUGAAGAACGAGCGGGAUAAGCGUAUGGCGGACUUGCUCAAGUUUUCGCAGUCGUUCAAGCUCAACAAACCCAUCCCGGACGAUCUUGUCACCAUCCUCGCCAAGGACGAGGAGAAACAGCGUGCGAUCCGUCAGAAAUCCGCAGAAGACGCCGCGUCCGCCCAAGCGCGCACCAUCGGCGUUUCAAUCGUCACCACCGGCCCCAUCGCCUCCGCCUCCGCCAACAAACUCGCCGCCGCCGCUGGAGGUGCCGCUCCCCAACACCAAGCCGCCUCCGCCGCGAAGAAAGCUCCUGGUGCUGGUGGUGCUACACCCGCCAAGUCCGCCGUCGAUGCCGCUAAAGCGGCCGCGAAGCCUGCGAGGUUCAGCAUGGUCAUUCAACCGAUUCCGCCGUUCAAGGGGUCUGGGAAGAAACCUACUGGGGGUGCUGGUGCGCCUGCUUCGGCGACCGGACAGGGGCCGACGACGAGCAAGUCUGGGCCUGCGAUCGCGAUGCCUUCGUCUGCUUCGCCUGCGCAGACGCAGAACCAGAUGCAGAGCCCGACGACGGCGAACCGGUUGAAUGUGAACGCUUCGUCGUUCAGGCCGAAUCCGAAGGCGGCUUCGCCAAGUACUGCUAGUCCCUCUGCUGCUCAAUCCCCGAAACCUGCCCAUGAAGCCCCCUCCACCCCCAACCCCUUCUUCGGCACCAAACCACUCAAGAAGACGCCCGUGCACGUCAAAGACGACUUCAACCCAUUCAAAUACGCCAAAGUCGCGGACGCGACCGCCGUCGCCGCACUCUGGCCUUACCAAGGCAAGCGCUACAUGCAACUCUUCCCGCCCAUCUCCGCGCCACCCCAGCAACAGCAGCAGCAGCAACAGCAGCCGCCGCAUCAACCGCCCCAACCGCAACAGUCGCCACAUAUGGGCAUGGCGAUGGCGCCGAUGAUCCCGCCUGGGCCUCCGCCGCCGCAGUUGCCCCCACCGCCGCCUUAUGAGGAGGAGAAUCCGGCGCAGGCUGCGGCUGCUAGGGGAGGUUAUGUUUAUGCUUAUCCUCCUUAUGCCCAUUACGGCCAGAUGAUGCCUGGUAUGGCACCUCCACCCCCGGGCGCAUUCAUCCCUGGUCCUUAUAUGCAACACAUGCCCUACCCACCCACCAUGCCUCCUCCAAACGGUCAAUUCCCAGGUGCGUAG